AUGAGCUCGAGAGCGAGGUAUCCGCCGCCGGGGAUGGGAGGCGGCCGAGGUGGGGGAAUGAACAUGAAUACUGGACCAAACUAUGGGUUUCAGCCAAGAAAUCCUACGCAGCAGUACGUGCAGAGAAAUCCAGCGCCGAAUAAUCAGGCAUUUCGGAACCCUCAGCCACAGCAGUUGCUUCCAAGGACUCAGCUUCCGGCUCCUGCCGACAGAGUAGGCAACGAGGUCCAAAGGGCCAUGCAUUCGGAAGCUAUUGAUUCAAGUCUUUAUUUGGCUAGUUUUGAUUUUGUGGAUGUUUCCAUAUUGAGGAAAAGUGUCCUGUCUGAUUUGCGACAGAACAGAGGUAAAAAAUCUAAAGAUUCAAAAUGUUGUCCUUUUAAAGGUGUUUCUUCUCUAAUCCCUUUUGUGAUCUUCGGACGUCAGGCUAACCAAAGUGCCCUGGCCACUACCCUCAGUGAAGAUGUAACAGCUACUAAAGGAAAUGAAUUUGAAGACUAUUUUCUGAAGCGCGAGCUGCUUAUGGGAAUAUAUGAGAAGGGAUUUGAGAGACCUUCUCCAAUUCAAGAGGAGAGCAUUCCAAUUGCUCUCACUGGAAGCGAUAUCUUGGCUCGAGCAAAAAAUGGAACAGGGAAAACUGCUGCCUUUUGUAUUCCUGCCCUGGAGAAAAUUGAUCAAGACAACAAUGUUAUUCAAGUUGUUAUUCUUGUCCCAACGCGAGAAUUAGCCCUUCAGACAUCGCAAGUUUGUAAAGAGCUUGGGAAGCAUCUAAAAAUUCAAGUUAUGGUUACAACAGGUGGAACUAGCUUAAGAGAUGACAUAAUGCGUUUGUAUCAACCAGUUCACUUACUCGUUGGAACUCCUGGGAGAAUCAUUGAUCUUGCAAAAAAGGGUGUUUGCAUUUUGAAACAUUGCUCUAUGCUUGUGAUGGAUGAGGCUGAUAAGCUUUUGUCACCAGAGUUCCAACCUUCCAUUGAGCAGUUAAUUGGUUUUCUGCCUGCAAACCGUCAGAUCUUAAUGUUCUCUGCCACAUUUCCUGUCACUGUGAAAGAUUUCAAAGAUAGAUACCUACAGAAGCCUUAUGUCAUCAACCUUAUGGAUGAGUUAACUCUCAAAGGUAUAACACAGUAUUAUGCAUUUGUUGAAGAAAGACAGAAAGUCCACUGCCUCAAUACUCUCUUUUCAAAGCUUCAAAUAAACCAAUCUAUUAUUUUCUGCAAUUCCGUGAAUCGAGUAGAACUUCUUGCCAAGAAAAUAACAGAGCUAGGCUAUUCUUGUUUCUAUAUCCAUGCUAAGAUGCUUCAAGAUCAUCGUAACAAAGUUUUUCACGACUUCCGCAAUGGUGCCUGUAGGAAUCUUGUUUGCACGGAUCUAUUUACAAGAGGUAUAGAUAUCCAAGCAGUCAAUGUCGUAAUCAAUUUUGAUUUUCCUAAGAACUCUGAGACAUAUUUACACAGGGUUGGACGAUCUGGAAGGUUUGGACAUCUUGGGUUAGCUGUGAAUCUGAUAACCUAUGAAGACCGUUUCAAUUUGUAUAGGAUUGAACAAGAACUUGGGACAGAGAUCAAACAGAUCCCUCCACAUAUAGAUCAGGCUAUAUACUGUCGUUAAUCUGUCGUAAGAAUUCCUCUCCCUGGUCAAAAAGAAAUGUUUAGCUGCUGUUCGAAGUACAUGAUCAAGAGUCAGGUGCUGUAUUAAAUUGUGCCUUUGGUCGUUGAAGAUUUGUAUUUUGACUUAUGAGGCUGACGAUUCCAGAGUUCCAGGCAUAUUUCUUUGUCCUUUUUAUAAUAAAGAAUUCAAUAUCGUAUGCAUGUUCAGGAUAAAAUGUUUGGUUCAAUUUUCCAUUGCUUUUGGUUCUGUCAGCAAUUCGUCGUUCUUAUUUAUAAUGGGGCUAGGUUGAUUUGCACUUUCCGUAUGUUGAAUGCAAAAUCUUCUUGGACUCAUCUUCUGUUAUUACCUUGUAAUUCUACCCCCACACCACAUCAUACAUCAAAAUAUCCUCCUCAUACUUCCGAGGGAAAAUGUGGCUGCAAUGUUGAGCAUUUUUUAGGAUGUUUCUGUGAUCAAAUGGGAUUCUGCCACCGAGAACAUGAUUGGUACCAUGUGGGGAUCGAUAAAAUUGACUUUUUUUAUGCAAUACUAGGCUGUUUUUAUGGAGUCGUAUGCUGUGUGUAUAUUGUGAUCUGGUACGAGGAUUGCCUUGUUCUUGUGUUUACUUGUUUGUGAAUUUGAACAUGUGGUGGUUCAGCAUAAAGAGUGAUUCAAU